CAAACAUGUUCAAAAAGUGUGUACUAUAAUAAAUAGACAACCGCAGUGAAGAGAGUGGUUUACCAGUUUGAUAAGCUCCUUCCCUACGCGACGACAUCGUUCUUAUGUGAGCUGUUCUUCUCCUUUUUCUUUGAAGUUGUUUGAUUUGCUGUGAGUAAGAGAUGGAAGAUGUACUUACAGAGCUCCCGCCCCCUUCAAGGUUCUUUCAGGAAGAUCUGGACAACUUUGCAACUCCGUCACCACCACUUUCGUCUCCUUCCCUGCUGUUCUCUAAUCCUAAACCCGAUCAACCUCUCUGCCCUUCUCUCCUCAUCAUUGCAUUAUCUUCCCCUUCUCUGUAUAUCUUCCAUCAUAUAUCCUCGAAGACCCUAAUUGGCAGUCUUGUACUACCUGAGAUCCCUUUCUCAGGGAACUCAACUGAGCCCUCACUUGAUGACAAGUCUUGCAAUAUCUAUGCCCUCAAUGAUAUGGACAAUUUGACACUUGUUGUCUUGGUUCAGUGCUCUAUCAGUGCUGAGAGAUCCAAUGCAGUUGCUAAGUUGCUUAUUGGUGAUCAAAUUAUUCCCAAGAGGGUUCUAAUAAUGGAUUCAGUUCAGAGCCAGAAUUUCCGGGGUAAGCUCGCACCAGAUGAGACAUAUGUUUUCAAGCUAGAGACAUCAGCAGAGAGGAAAGGGCUGGAUGGUGAUGUUUGUGGUGGUUCAUCGUUAUUGAAAGGUUUAGACUAUUUCCCUUCAGGAAGUGUGCUGGAUGGCUUGGCAGCUGCUCUGUUGGCCAGAUGUCAGAUGAGGAAAAUCAGAGGAACUCUUUGUGUUUCAUGGCCUCGAUAUGGUGUUUAUGUGGUGGCUAUGGUGAAGUCUCUGCUGCAGAGGAAUGUGUUGCCUGGCUUUGACUUAAGUACAAUUGGAGAUGCCAAUGAUAAAUCUUCAAGGUUCACUUCGAUUAAGAAUUAUCCUUUUGAUUCUGAUAUGUAUACCUGAGGUGUUUUAAGCUUAUAGUGCUCAUUUAGCUCGCUAGUAAUACUUUGUUCCUGCAAGAAUUUUGAAAGACAUGAGCAGGAAGAUUGUUGAUUUUGGUUUCCAUCAUUGACUUGUAUUUUUCACCUUGCACUGAAACUGCAUGCAAGUUUUCUGCUCGACAUUUUUCCGUUCA